GGGCCUCGUGAUCGUGCAGCUCGCCAUCACGUGCGUCGCCAUGUCGACGCCGCUGUUCGAGCGGCGGCUGACCGGCUCCAUGGCGCUGCUGCUCGACUCGCUCGGCUUCGACUUCAGCGGGGCGUACACGAUGGUCAACCUCGGCCUGCUCUCCGCAGAGGCGGGCGGCUGGGCGCUGCUCAUGUCCUCCACAUUUUGGGUCUUCAUCGUCAUCUGCCCGCUGCUGCGCGGCGCCUCGCUGCUGCUGCUGCUGCUGCGGCCGAUGACCGUCGCGGCGGCGCAGAGGCUGCACGCCCGCUCGCGUGCCGUCUCGUACUAUUACGCUCUCGAGGUGAUGCUCGUGGCAGUGCCGCUCAUCGGCACCACCAUCGAGCCGAUGACGGCGACCCUCUUCACGCCGUACAACACGCCCAUCUGCAAGGACAUCACCACCGCCUUCCCCAACCCGCCCGGCACCGACCCGCCCGACCUGUGCUUCACCAUCUCCGUCGUGCCCUCGACGGGCUACUUCUCGGUCGCCGCCGCCGUGGUGGUCUUCCUCCUCUCCGGCUUCGACGGCUCGCCCACGCACAAGUACCUGCACCGCCUCCUCCACCCAGGAGACGAGCCGCCGCCCUACUGGCCGCGCUGCGGGGCGGCGCGAUGACGGCGGAGGGAGAGGCAGAGGGAGCACAUGCUGCUGAGCUGAGCUGUGCGUGGUGCUGCGCGCAUUCCCACUGUGCCAAUUGUUUUUGCAGAUGCAUAGUACUACGUCUACGAGCUGUGCAAUAGACCGUUCCUCCUGACUCUGUGACUGUCAUAUC